UACCGCCAUUGAACCCUUCUCAAUCCAAUCUCCUCUCCUUCUCCAAACACCAAACAGAUUCUUCACCCUAUUGCCAUCCGCCACGCGUCAUUCUCGCUGGAGCAAAAGCCACGCGUGACAUCAACGCCACAUACGUUGCUUUUGUGGUCCACACAAUACCUUGUUUUUUUUCCCCCACUUUUCCUACGAUUGGUGAAACCGCCUGUUAGAUUGAAAUUCGAAAAAUAAAAAUUAAUUUUUCAUGAGAUUAAUGCGCUAAGUUCUGAGGUUAAAAGUUUACAGUUGCCGACCUUUUCAAAAGUUUGGGUUUUGAGAAUUUCAUUCUUCUUUGUUUUCGCGAACUCGACUGAUAAAUUAGGUUUCUCUUCCUCCUCCAAUGAUUAUUAAUCGCCGGCCAACUUAAACUCAGCUGAAGUGGACAGGGACUAAUCACGUUAGCCCUAGGAAAAUAUGUCGAUUUCUAUGAGGGACUUGGAUUCUGCUUUCCAGGGAGCAGGACAGAAAGCUGGAAUAGAGAUAUGGCGCAUUGAGAAUUUUCAUCCUGUCUCCGUUCCAAAAUCUUCUUAUGGCAAGUUUUUUAUGGGGGACUCCUACUUGAUUUUGAAGACAACUGCUUCGAAAAGUGGUGCUUUGCGUCAUGAUAUCCACUAUUGGCUUGGUAAAGAUACAAGUCAGGACGAAGCUGGGGUGGCUGCAAUCAAGACUGUGGAACUGGAUGCAGCCCUUGGUGGUCGAGCUGUUCAAUAUCGUGAGGAACAGGGCCAUGAGACUGAGAAGUUCUUAUCUUACUUUAAACCAUGUAUUAUUCCACAGAAAGGAGGGGUAGCAUCAGGAUUCAGGCAUGUAGAAAUUAAUGAAAGUGAGCAUGAAAACCGUUUAUAUGUUUGCAAAGGAAAGCAUGUUGUCCGUGUAGGAGAGGUUCCAUUUGUUCGAUCAUCUCUCAAUCAUGAUGAUGUAUUCAUCUUGGAUACCAAACGGAAGAUUUUUCAGUUUAAUGGAUCCAAAUCAUCUAUCCAGGAGAGGGCAAAAGCUCUUGAGGUUGUCCAAUAUAUAAAAGACACCUAUCAUGACGGGAAAUGUGAGAUAGCGGCUGUUGAGGACGGGAAGUUAAUGGCUGAUGCUGCUGCUGGAGAGUUUUGGGCUCUUUUUGGUGGUUUUGCACCUCUUCCACGAAAGACAGCCUCUGAAGUAGUUAAAGUUGAAGAGGCUUAUCCUGUGAAGCUGAUGUGUGUUGAGAAAGAGAAACCUGUGCCUGUAGAAGCCGAUUCACUGUCAAGAGAAUUAUUAGAGACAAAUAAGUGUUAUCUUCUUGACUGUGGGAUUGAAAUUUUUGUAUGGAUGGGCAGAAAUUCAUCUCUUGAGAAAAGGAAAAAUGCUAGUGCUGCUGCAGAAGAAUUGGUUCGUGGUCCUGACCGGCCUAAAUCUCACGUAAUUCGUGUCAUUGAGGGUUUUGAGACUGUAAUGUUUCGAUCUAAUUUUGAUGCAUGGCCACAAACAACUGCUGUGACUGCAUCUGAGGAUGGUCGAGGCAAAGUUGCUGCUCUCUUGAAACGCCAAGGACUUAAUGUGAAGGGCCUUAUGAAAUCUGAUCCUGUAAAAGAAGAACCUCAAUCAUACAUUGAUUACACUGGCGAUUUGCAGAUUUGGCGUAUAAAUGGCCAAGAAAAGGCCCUUCUUUCCUCAUCUGAUCAGUCAAAAUUCUACAGUGCCGAUUGUUACAUGUUCCAAUAUUCAUAUCCAGGAGAAGGUCGAGAGGAAUAUCUUAUUGGAACUUGGUUUGGCAAAAAUAGCAUUGAGGAAGAGAGGUCUGCAGCUACUUCACUUGCAAAUGAGAUGGCUGAAUCUUUUAAGUUACAGGCUGUUCAGGCACGCUUCUAUGAAGGAAAUGAAGCUAUUCAAUUCCAUUCGAUUUUGCAAAGAUUUAUAUUGUAUAAGGGUGGUUUAAGCUCCGGAUACAAGAAAUUUAUCACUGAGAACAACAUUGAUGAUGAGACCUAUAAUGAAGAUGGGACUGCACUCUUCCGAAUUCAAGGUUCUGGACCAGAUAAUAUGCAAGCGAUUCAAGUUGAAGCGGUGGCAUCAUCUUUGAAUUCGUCAUAUUGUUACGUACUUCAUAGUGGCAGUACUGUUUUUACAUGGUCUGGUAGCUUCACCUCCUUAGAAGAUCAAGAGCUCCUUGAGAGACAGUUAGAUGUGAUAAAGCCGGCAGUGCAAUAUAGACCGCAAAAGGAAGGAACAGAAACUGAGCAAUUUUGGGAUCUAUUAGGGGGUAAAUGUGAACAUCCCAGUCAAAAGAUCACAAGGGAACCAGAAAGUGACCCUCAUUUAUUCUCCUGUGCUUACUCAGACGGGGAUUUAAAGGUCAAGGAAAUAUUCAGCUUCGAUCAAGAUGAUUUGAUGACCGAAGAUAUAUUCAUUCUAGACUGUCACUCUGACCUCUUUGUUUGGGUUGGGCAACAAGUUGACCCAAAGAGCAGAUCACAAGCUUUAAAUAUAGGGGAGAAAUUCCUUGAACAUGAUUUUCUCUUGGAAAAACUAUCUCGAGAAACGCCAAUAUUCGUUGUUAUGGAAGGAAGCGAACCACAGUUCUUCACCCGUUUCUUUACCUGGGACUCUGCAAAAUCAGGAAUGCAUGGCAACUCUUAUGAAAGGAAGCUUGCAAUUAUCAAAAAUGGACGGGCUGCAGCAUUAGAUAAGCCCAAGCGGCGGAUACCAGUGCAUGGAGGAAGAUCUAGUGUGCCAGACAAAUCUCAGCGCUCAAGAAGCAUGUCCUUCAGCCCCGAUAAAGUUCGCUUAAGGGGAAGAUCCCCAGCUUUUAAUGCAAUAGCUGCUAAUUUUGAGAAUUCUAAUAAUUCCAGUGCUAGGAAUCUUUCAAUGCCUCCUCCACUUGAUAGAAAAGUUUAUCCAAGACCAGUUCAUAUGGAUUCAUCAAAACUGGCUUUGGAUUCCGCGAAACUGUCUUCAAGGUCAGAAGCAAUAGCUGCUCUAACUGCUACAUUUGAAUCACCAAGACAUAAUAAUAUACCAAGAUCACCAGUCCGGAGAGCAAAAUCAGGGCUUUCCCCAAGGAGCAGCCCUAGAAUGGAUGAGCUAAGUAUUGCAGAAGAUGCAAAAGAGGGUGAAAUUGAUGAAGAAACGUUCCCUGUGUUUCCGUAUGAACGCCUAAUAACUUCAUCUGAUGAUCCUGUUACAGAAAUUGAUGUAACCAAGCGAGAGGCUUAUUUAUCCUCAGAAGAGUUCAGAGAGAAAUUUGGUAUGGGCAAGCGCGAUUUCUACAAACUGCCCAAGUGGAAGCAGAACAAGCUCAAGACAACCGUUCAUUUGUUCUAAGCUUUUUGGUAGCGCAGGGUUUUGUUUUCCGCCAAUUUAUUUAUUCUUUUAUUAUCAUAGGUCUUUUUGCGGCUCACAGUUUUGUCUUCAUUUUUUCAAUUUAGUUAUUGUUUUUAAACAGUAUAAGAGGGUUUAGAGUUCUGCAAAACAUUGAGAAUUGCAUUAAUAUAGGAAGCAGGGAGUUUGUACAUAAAUGUGGAAAGUUAACAGGGAUGACU